GGAUUCAUUAAAUAAAAAAUAAAAUAAAAAAGUACAGAUUUUCUAUAUUGAAAUUCUUCACAUUUUUUGACAUCAAAGCCCAAACAUCAUCCCAAAGGACUGAGGUUACAGUCACACAAGAAUGAUAUUUUUCCCCCCAUUUCUCAUAAUAAAAUCUAACCUAUGUACACUUUUGUUUUUAAAUCAGUACAUUUAGUGUAGAAUAAACGUGAUGUAGGCAGUCGUGUUAAGACGAGCUCACUUUAACAAGAAAAUACAAACAAAAAUUUGUAGAUUUGUGGUUUAAUUUAAUCAUCAUUUCAAAUAUAGUUUGUCCACAAACAAUAUUUCACUUGCGUCAGUCUGAGAGAAAACUUUCAUACAAUGUUUAAUUGAUCACUAUUAAAAAUGACCACCCAUAAUUUAUUAACCAGAAAUGAUAGAUCUCUCAUAUCUUGAAUCGUUAUUUCAUAACUGGUUUUAUUGAACAUAUUCCGGCAUCUUCGCUCGUACCUACAGUUUAAAUGAGACUCGUGAUCGAUCGUCUGACACGUAACACAGAAGCAGGAUGAAAUCAGACGCGUACUUCCCACAAGGUCAACUGUUAUUUAUCGAUUGUGCAAGACGGCCCUCGUGACCAUGCUGAAAUUUAAUCUUGAAAGAAUGUGUCUGUGCACUUUUACUUGUCACGCUUUACAAUGGGCUAUUAUAAUACUGAUGGACAAAGCAGCAAACACACCUGCGUGACUGUGCUCUCUGUGCUCAGUCCUUGUCUACGAUUGAUCAAAUGUAUAGAAGAUCUGUGGAGCAGUGGGAGCUGAGAGUGCUGAACCAUAAGGAGGAGAGGGAUCUGCAGCAGAAACUCAACAUGCUGGAGAAACAGUACAGGUACACCCGCAAAGUGCUCCAGCAGAGAAGAGACUCGCUGGUAAAACAAGAGAGAAAAGUGGUGAUGGUAAAAGUCUGCGAACCAAAAGCCACGGUCAACGUCGCCAUGAAAGAAAUAGGAGAACACAAAGACGCAGGGGCGAGUUUCCGCAGGAGCGUCCACACGUCUGACGGGAGGAGACGGCCUCCCAGCAAAUCCCAGCGUCACUGCGAAGGAGCCGGAGCGGCGGAGCCGAGUCGGUCCACGUCUGCGCCCACGUGUUCACCCAGACACAGGCUCAACACCCGGAGCCACGUGUCGCUCAUGCAGAUGAAGAAUAUCGCAAUGAUUGACUCAAUCUCAGAAAAAGAGCUGGCCAGGCAACAGCAGAAAGCCCAGGAGGAAGUGGAGAAGCUGAGGCGGCUUCAGAGGGAGAGUUUACACAACAGCGUCGCCGCGUUCAUAGAAAGGCUCAAGGAAAAAGGCGACAUGGAGAAAGUCGUUCCAUAGAGGAACUCAAAAGUUAAGGUGAUUUUAUUAUCUGAAUGCCUCAUAGUAAAAAGCUGAUAGUGUUUCAUCGCGUACAAUAAGUGUGUACAUUAUUAUUAUUAAAAUGUAAAAACCGAAAAGCAGUGAA